AUGUCAACAGAUCUGAUUUUCCUAGUGAUUUUUGUUUUUGGAGCAUCGACUGCUGCUGCUCAGUCUCCAACUGAAGAAGGGCAUAAGUUCCCUUGGACCCUAGGACAGAAGGAUUUCGAGAACAAUGCUGAAAUUUGUUUUAAAACAUUUGGAGAUCGGGUUAAAAGUUGGAUUACCAUAAAUGAACCACUGGUUAUUGCUAAAUUUGGGUACACCAUAGGAGUGGCUCCACCAGGCAGAUGUUCUGAUAGAACAACAUGUCCUGCUGGUAAUGCAGCCACUGAACCUUACAUUGCUGGCCAUAACCUUCUUCUUGCCCAUGCAACGGUUGCCAGCUUUUACGAGUACCAGUACCAGGCAGCACAAGGGGGACAUAUCGAAAUGAGCCAUGCAGGACUGUAUUAUAAGCCCUAUUCAGACACAUUGUUUGAUAGAGUUGCAGCAAAAAGAGCCAUGGAUUUCGAGUUGGGAUGGUUUAUGGAACCGCUGGUGCGAGGAAAAUACCCACUAAGCAUGAGACGAUUGGUGAAGGAUAGGCUAUCCAUUUUCACCGAAAAAGAGAAAAAGUUGGUCAAAGGGUCAUUUGAUUUCAUUGGCAUCAACUACUAUACCUCCAGAUUUGUUAAGAACAUUCCAGUUAAUCCCAAACCUGCACCAGUCAGUUUCUUGGCAGAUGAACAUGCCAAUUCCACAGUGGUCAAAGAUAGAGUUCCUGUUGGACCAAAAGCUGGGGGCAGCUGGUUCAUUUACAUAUAUCCCAAAGGGCUGUACAAAAUUUUGAAGUUUAUGCAGAAACACUAUGAUAGAAACAUUACAAUUACUGAGAAUGGUGUUACAGAGAAAAAAAACGAUAGCAUUCCAAUUCAUCAGGCGCUAUACGAUCAACAUAGAAUUGAAUUCAUUCAGAAACAUUUGCAACAAAUCAGCAAGGCAAUCAACAAUGGUGUGAAUGUGAAAGGAUAUUUCUAUUGGAGUUUAUUUGAUGACUUUGAAUGGUCAGAAGGCUAUGGCGUCCGAUAUGGACUUUACCACAUUGAUUACAAGAACAACCUCAAGCGCAUACCCAAGAAAUCUGCUAAAUGGUACCAUGAUUUUGUCACAGGUGACAGAAAGCAAGCAUGCUAAAGAUUAAUCUCUUGAUCUGCAAUUUAUGAGCAAAUUUUGAUGGACAUGGUCUCGAAUCUCAAAUUUUGCUGAGCCUCAAGAUAAAGCAUUCCAAUAUGAAUUUCUUUGACAAACCAAUCUGAUCUCUUUCAAAAGUAUUUAAGAAAGAAUAUAUACUGCCAUAGAAGCAAUUAUUUUAACC